UCGAAUUUGCAAUGAACGUAUAAACUAAUACGACCAACAAAGUUUUUUAGCGACCUUUUGCCUACAUCCCUUAAAACGGAGAAAAGUUUUUGAAGCACAGUUACUUUUGCACGUGCUGCCCUGUAUAACGUUACGAAAUGAAGUUUAUCUGUGUCGUUACCAUCUUAUGCGGGCUGGUUAUUUUAACUGAAGGCUUGAUAUGUUGGACAUGUGAGAACGCAAGAUCAAACGCUAUGUGUAAAGCGACUGGAAGAUUGAAGACGUGUGAUUUUAAUCAGCAAGCUUGUCAAACUCACAUACGAACCGACCCACAAGGAAUGCGAAUCACAAAAGAAUGUAAACAAGCUCAUGCUUGCAACAACAAUUAUAUACAGAACCCAAGAGCGGCGUGGGUUCCAAGCCAGUGCAAUCUAAAUGUACAAGGAUCAGUUUGCAGAUGUUGCUGCGACUUCGACAGAUGUAGUUACAAUACAUUGUUAUGCCCGCAAGUUCCAACAACGACGACGGUUGCUCUUACACCACCCCCUACGACAACAACACCAGAGGCGUCCGGUGCUGCAGACCUGCCGACCUGCCCCGAAGUCGAAAUAAGAAGCGGUUCUGCCACAUGCACUAGGGGUAACAACGUCGGCUCUACGUGCACAUUUAGCUGCCAAGAUGGAUUGAGUUUACACCCUGCAAACUUUAGCCAUUCUGAGUGUGACGGAACCGCAUGGAACGAGCCGAUACCGUGCUGCACACGGCCUUGCCCACCUUUUGCCCGGGCAGAUGCGGUUCUUAUUUUGGAUUCUUCGAGUUCGGUAAGAAAGCCAAACUGGGACAGAAUGAUCGAGUUCGUGGUUAGCAUGCUAACUCAAUUCGUUGUGAAUGAAUCGAGUCUCAGGGUUGGUGCCUUUCGUUACAACAGAGCCGUGGACAGUGACACUCAAAUUUUACUCAACGGGUUUACAAAUGACAAAACUGGCCUAGUACAAGCUAUUCAAGAUAUCCCAUAUCGUGGUAGUGGAACUCGUACGGGGAAUGCAAUUCGUCACGCGAAGGACGUUUUAUUGCUGCCAGAGAACGGUAACCGCCCGAACGUGACUGAUCUCGUAUUCGUGGUCACUGAUGGCCGAUCUCAAGACGCUGUGGCGGAAGUUGCAAGGGAGCUAAGAGCGACUGGAGCUGUGACGUUCGUGAUUGCGGUUAUUAUCCAAGGCUCAACCAUAGAAAGAGAUCAAAUGUUGGAUAUCGCUGGUUCUCCUGAUCGUUUAUUCGAAGUGACGGGGGGUUUCGAUGACUUAGAUUCUGUGUUCGCUGAUAGACUAAGAAAUUACUUCUGCCCUCCGCCUUGCGAGAACUUUUAAUGGGGGAUUAAAAACACGAGGCAAAAAUGGAUUGUGGUGUUACGAUUAUGUCCUGUUAUGGACCGUGUACACUACAAUGCUGUUUUUUAU